AUCCGGUUUCAAGAUAAAGAUUGGGUUACAAGAUAAAGAUUGCGCUAAUCAUUUUCUGAUUAUAGUAUUAGCCUCUGAGAAUUGAAGAGCCCAGACGAGAGCAAGAAUGGAGGCGCAUGAGCAGCAGAGUAAAUCGAGGGUUGUGAAGGUGGAUUCAAUGCAGUCCUGGGAAUUCCACCUAAACCAGGCCUGCAAUCAUGGCUGCCCAGUUGUGGCACACUUUACUGCUAUUUGGUGCAUUCCAUCUGUGGCAAUGAACCCCUUUGUUGAGGAGAUGGCUACAGCUCAUGAAAAUGUAGUGUUUCUCACAGUGGAUGUGGAUGAUGUCAAGGAGGUGGCAGCAAAAUAUGAGGUGAAAGCUAUGCCAACAUUUCUGUUGCUGAAGGAUGGGGCUCCGGUUGACAAGCUAGUAGGCGCCAACCCAGAGGAGAUUCGUAAAAGGGUGGAGAGCCUUGCUCAAUCACACCCAAUACCCGUCGUCUAGUAAAAACGCAGCUAUGCUCAAACAAUGUUUUCCUCAUAUAUUUGCCCUGUGUAGUUUCACUUUGUGAUGUAUUCUGCUUCAACUGUAGAUAUUACCAUCUGCUUCAACUUUAGAUCAUAGAUGUGCAAUGUCUGUCACCUUUCUUGAUCUCUGUUAAAGGCACCUUGUUUCCAGAAUAGUUGCUCUUUAUCAUUCUUGUCCA